AUGCAUCAGCAGCGGCAGCGAAAGGGGUUGAAGAGGAGACACCCCCCGCCAGAGCAGGUGAACCGGCAAAAUAUGCUGCUCUGGCAGCAGCAGCAACAGCAGCUGCUGCGGCGACAGCUUCGUGCUGCAGCAGGCAGCAGCAAGAGCAGCAGCAACAACUCUUUUGAAACACAAGCGCUGCAGCUACUAGGCAGCGACCAAACACGGAGGCUCCGGCGGCGGCGGCAGCAGCAAAUCCAGCAGCAGCUGCUGCAGCACCAGGCCAGCAUGACAGGUGCGGCGCCGUCGCGGCUGAUGCAAGUACAGGAGAAGGAUGCUGAGCAGGAGCAGCAGAAUCAACGGAAGCAACAACAGCAGCAGCAGAAGAAGCAGCAAGUGCAACCGCCGAAACAGCAGCAGCAGAGGAGUGCAUGCCCCGACCGAUCGAGUUGCAGAGGCAUCAGCAAAGGCACAAAACAGCAGCAGCAGCAUGAUGAGGGAGCAGCAGCAGCUGCUGCUGCUGCUUUUGCUGCAGUGGCUGCUGCAAGAGCCGAAGGAAGGGACCUGCAACUUCUAACUCCUGGUAUCCUAGCUGUCCCCCAGCAAGAGCAGGAGCAGGAGAAGCAUCAGCAGCAGGUACGAGUAGAUGGGGUCGUGGACCUUAGCACUUUACCGUAUCUCUCUCCUGAGGCAUUCGGUUUGCCGCCGCAGCAGCAGCAACAGGUGCUGCUACACCAGCAGCAACAGCAGCAGCAGCAGCAGGGUUUGGAGUAUGAAGAUGUGCAUUCUCCUGCUGCUGCAGACCUCGACGGCGGCGGCAGGGUUGGCAGUAAACGCAGCAGCAGCAGCAAGAGCAGCAGCAACACCAGGGUGGCUGAUUACGUGAAUCUGCUGCAGCCCGCACUGCGGCGCUGUUUGCUGCUUGGCGGUAUUCGCUCUUUGUCUCCUCUGCAGCACCGAGCUCUUCAGUGGCAUCAUCGUCAUGAUCAGCAGCAGCAGCAGCCACGUCACAGCAGGGACAAUGUGCUGCUGCUUCCGGGCCCAACCGGAAGCGGAAAGACCUUGGCGUAUUUGCUGCCUAUUUUUCAGUAUUUGCUUACUCUUGCUGACCAGCAACAGCAACAGCAGCAGCAUCAGCACAAGCAACAGCAGCACGUCUGUGCAAGUCUUUCUCGUAUUAAGGGAGGCAUUAAGGCGUUAGUGUUAGCCCCCAGUAGGGAAGUUGCUGCUCAGGUGUAUAGACUCUGCUGCCACUUUAGUAAGCAGCUGCAGCAGCAGCAAAAGGGGCUGCUGCAGCGGCAAGAGGCAGCAGCAGAAGCAGAAAGAGCAACAGCACCUCCUGGUGAUGCUGCUGCUGCGGAUUCCGCUGCAGCACUAGCAGCAGCAGGGGGUUCCUGCUGCUGCCCUGAAGCAGUAAGGCCCGCGCUGCUAAUUGGAGGCGCAAAUGCGCAGCAUCUGCUGCUGCGACUGCGGAAACAAAAGGCUAAUCUUCUUGUUGCUACACCAGGCCGUCUGCUGCAGUUGCUGCGCCUUAAAUCGGCCCAGCAGAGGCAGCAGCAACACCAACAGCAAGAAAAGCAGAGGAAACCUAAAGCGCUAGGCUCUCUGCAGUUCCAUGACCUGGCGUUUGCCGUUGUUGAUGAAGCAGAUGCAUUCUGCACCAGCAGCAGCAGCAGUACCACGAGCAGCAUUGGCAUUAGCAACACGAGCACCAGCAGCAACAAGGCGAGAACCAGCGGGAGCAGCAGCAACAAGAGCAGCAGCAGCGGGAGCAGCAGCAACAGGAGCAGCAGCAGCAGGACCACCAGCAACAAGGAGAAGGACCGCUUUGCCGAUCUGAUUGAGCUGCUGCAGCGCUGCUGCAGCAGCAGCGGAGGAGGCAGGGGGGCCCCACGUUUGCUGCUGGCGUCUGCAACUUUGAGAGAGGCCCCUAAAGCCAUUUUGGGGGCCCUCGGUAGGUCUGCUGCUAUUGCUGAAGCAGCAGCAGCUGCGUUUGGGGGUGCCGAGGAUGGGAGUGAUGCUGCGGGAAAAAAAGGAGGAGCAGCAAGAGCGGCUGCAGCAGGAGCAGCAGCACUUCCUUGCAACCUGCUGCAUCUUGCGUUGUUUGCUCGGGAGCGCAUCCACAAAGUUGGUUUGCUGCUGCUGCUGCUACGGGCAGAGCCUAUUAACAAGAGGUGUAUUGUCUUUUGCAGGUCACCGCAAGCAGCAUCAUAUCUCCACCGCGCGUUGUCUCUUCGUGUGGGGCGGGGGAAAUGUGUGCUACUGCAAGGAGAAGCAGCAGGUACUGAUCGUCGUGCCGCUGUUGAUGCCAUGAUGCAGCUUGCUGCUGCUCCUCCUCCUGCUGCAGGGGCUGCUGCUACUGCUGCUAUCCUCGUUGCAUCGGAGACAGCAGCAAGAGGACUCGAUUUGCCUCUCCUCACACACGCAAUCAACUUUGAUGUCCCAGGAGAUGCCUUAUCGCUGGCUCACCGCGGCGGCCGAGUGGGGCGAGCCGGCAACCCUGGUUGUGUAGUCUCUCUCGUCUCAUCAGAAGAAGAACUUAAGAAGCUGCAGCAGCAGUACAGGCAGCUGCAGCAGCAGCAGCUGCUGCAGCAACAGCUUCACUAUUGUGUGCUGCAUGAGGGAAGAGUAUGGCGCAUCGCAAAGCGCUGA